GAGACAAAAAUAUGCUGCAAUUUUUUUUGUCUAAUGUUUAUAUACAAAAACAGGAUAUAGGAGCUUGAAUGUACAAUUCAAAUUCGCACCACUUGUAUUUUGUCAGGGAAUAGGGAGCCUAAUUUGUCGUCCGUUUGCCAAUAAGGCGUAAAUGUAGCCUAUUAUAAAUUAAAUCAAUGAUUGCUGUUGGUUUAUUGGAUUAUGUGGGAAUGAUGCUGUUACUUUUACUGCAACUCUCUAUGUGGGGAGCAACUGGAGCAGACACCGGCCGAGAAGCAACUGUUUGUACAUCCAAUGCCUGUUUCUCUUUUCACAUGGAGGGAGUCAGCUUUGAAGACGCUCGAUUGAAAUGCCAUGGUGACGGAGGUUACUUGGUAACAACUAAAGACAAAAGCGAGAUGGCAGAACUUCAGUCAACCCUUUCACAGAUCGACGUAAGCCAUCGCUAUUUGGACUUCAAAUUUUGGAUCGGACUGAAAUUGCGUAAAGGCGACUGCAUUGUAAGGGACAUGAGUCUCAACGGGUUUAAGUGGAUAUCUGGAGGGGAAUAUUCCCAAUACUCGAACUGGGAGAAGGAACCUCGCAGCACCUGCACAGAGGAGCGUUGCGUGUUGGUACAUUACUCUUUAUGGAGUCGCAAUGAAUUGAAAUGGACGGAUGGAUCUUGCAAAGACAAGGCUUUUUACUCGUGCAAAUUCUAUUUCAAGGGAAUGUGUAAACCUUUGUUGUUGGCAGGAGGAGAGCAAGUGAAUUACAUGCUCCCAUUCUCAGAAAAUCAAUUAAAUGAUGAUAAUAACAUGACUGCAUUCCCAUUUGGAACAUAUGCUGAUAUAAGAUGCAAUGACAGUGAUCACUUUUCCAUUUGUAAAUUAACGGAUGGUGUCUAUGGUUGGACUAUCCCUGGUCCGUUUUGCGGCUCAGAUAAACCGAACUGUGGGUAUAAAAACGGUGGAUGUGAUCAUUUGUGCGUUGAUAGUGACGCUGGUGGUGUCCGUUGUGGAUGCAAGGACGGUUAUGUGUUAGGACAGGACAGAGUAUCAUGUGGCCUAAAGGAAUAUUGUCACAGUUCUCCAUGCCAGUACCAAUGUGUAACAGGACCAACGGGCUUCUCGUGCGUAUGCCCAAACGGCUUCCAAUUGGAUAAAGACCAAUUUGGUUGUAUUGAUGUUGAUGAAUGCCACAUUAAUGCCUGCGGUGGUCAUCAUUGCAUCAAUACCCAAGGCAGUUACACAUGUAGGUGCAAGGGAGGCUACACAAUGGUUGAUGGCAAAUGCCACGAUAUAGACGAGUGCACGGAAUCUAGAUGUCCCCAAAUAUGUCUUAACUCUGAAGGAUCCUUCUCCUGCCAUUGCAUCGCGGGGUUCACUGUGUCCGAGGACGGUCAUACUUGUAUAGACAUAGACGAAUGCUUUAGUAAUCGAUGCGAGGACAAAUGCACUAAUACCAUUGGUAGUUUCAGGUGUUCUUGCCAUCAGCACUUCCGGUUACACCCUAAUGGAAUCACCUGCGUUCGAGAUGUGACUGUUGUCUCCACUGCGGAGACGUCAAGUGAUCAUAGAGACACUGACCAACAGGACGAGACUAGGAACACUAUAACCAUUUUGCCGGUUGAAUUAAAAAUAGAGACUCAGUUCACCCACGGACCACCUCAAGACACUAUUAGGCACGACAUUACGCAUGACAUUACGCAGCAUAGGCCGUCCAGCAAAACCAUUGGAAUGAGUGGGCCAACGCAUAAUUACAAUUUGUUUAGCUCUCGGCUGUCUAUUUGCGUCAUUGCUUCUGUUGUUCCACUACUUAUUCUCAUUGCAGUAACCUCUGGUAUUGUCAUAUUUCGAUGUAGUAAUUCAAAAAAAGAAGCGAGGAAGAAAAUCGCCACUGCUGACAGUUAUUGUUGGGUGGCUUCUGGUAUAGAGACUCGGUUAGACACAUUUGAUGGGUCACUUGAAAGCACAGCUUGAAAUUGUGUGAACUCUUGAAAUGUUAAACGAUAACAAAUGUAAAUAAUAUUCAGACAUUGCAUUACCUACUAAAAUAUAUUUUAAAAAUCGUUGAAGAAUCUGAAUACAAAUGUUUUCUUUUUACAGCGUGUCUGAGAUCAUUGCCUGUACUUCAUCAAAGCACAUCUCCAAUUUUAAGUAUGUUUUAUUCAUAAUGGUUUAACAAUGUUAUUUCAUCGUCAUACACUCAACAACAAAAAUGUUGGGUCGAUUUUUACUAUUUUCCUGAGUUCUUGUUAUUCAUGUAUUUUUACCCAGCAGUGGGUUAUUUCUUACUUUAUUGCUCGGUAAUCAUAAUUUAUGUUUUGCUAUACUCCUUCCUAUACAGUCCAUUGCUGUGUGCAAGAAGUUAGUCCAGUCACGUUGUGCGUGGUUUACAGACCUCAGUCGGAGUCUCAACUCACUGUUGAGUUGGAGUAGUAGAAUACACAGGGUGCCCUUUCGAAACUUGAUUGUGCAUCAGCAGUUUCUCUUGUUAUAGCCUAUGUGGUUCACUGACGGUCACUCAAUUAGCCCAUGUCAGUUAUAUUUUUUUUUAGAUCGAUAAUUUAUUUUAGUUAGUCUAGCCAGCUAUCUAAUCUUGUAAUACUCAUAUCUGAAUUACCAAUUGCAUGUAGGCCACGUUCCUAGGGGUCCUGACCUCCAGGCGGCCCCAUUGAUUUUGUUACUCACUCUGUGUAGAAUUGCAGGAAAUCGUCUUUUAAACCUGCAAAAAUGACUCCCAGCUCCAUGGUGAAAUGUGCAGCAUUGCAGGAAAUUAUCUGUAAAACUGUAAAACUUUUCUAAAUAAAAUACAUUUCCUGCUAA